AGCAGAAGAAGAAUAAAAAAUAAAAUUCAACGGCAAAAAAAAGUAGACGAGAGAUUUUGUGGCUUAAAAAAAGAUGAUAAUUUAAUAGAAUUAUAGUUGAUGAUACACAAAAGACAGUAACGGAGGGGAUAAAAAGUGUAAGCAGAUAAUCGGAAUGGAUGAAAAUUGAAUUUUUUUUAAGGACGCAUGAAAAAAGUGAGUGCCGGGAUAUAAAGAAGAGUGCUGUGCUUAUGUGAGAGCUCUUUACCAUUUGCUUUAAAUCAACAGCACAAGAAGCAUAAAGAAGGAAGGAAAAAGUGUAUCAAUGUGUAAAUAAGAAAAGUAAAUAAAAUCAAUAGGAAGUGCGGCAGUGCAAAGUGUAAAGGAAGAACGGAAGAGGAAAGGUAGCACAAAGUAAGCUAUAAAAUUGUUUUAUGAUAUAAAUGGAAGGACCAAGGACAAAUGCGGAGUGAGAAAACAAAUUUCUCAAAUGCACGCACGCUUGAUAUUCCGUUUUUCUAUCACCAUUAGAGAGAAAAUAAAAAACGGCUGUAAAUAUUUAUAAGAACAAUUUAUUGAGUUCCAAAAAAAUACGAAUAAAAAGUCUUAACAAAUGAAAAAGAUGUCGUCUUUUGCUCUGCUCCGUUCCUUCUCUACUGAUACCCAGAAUCCAACACCACCAAUAUCUUCCACCCCGAGUCCAUAUACACCGCCAAAGAAUCUAAAAAUGAAUAAAAGAUUUUCAUUUCAUCAGAAGCAGCAUCAAAGCGUUAAAGACCCGAUGGAGGCAAGCUCAUUGAUUCGCAUUGAGAAUAACAAUAAAAAAUCAAAAGCAUUAACAAGACGCUGGUCGUCAUUGAAGCAAUAUCAAACGACAGCAUUAUCACAACAAUCAUUAGCAACAGGUAGCAGUUGCGUGACGUCAUCAAACCCUUCCCCACAAAAUGCUCCAAGUGACGUUCAUCAACGAAAUUCAAAUAUUAAUAGUAGCGGUGAUGUAAAGAAGAAAUGGGAAGUGAUUGAACAUUACAAAGGCAGUGCCAAUGGACGUGAGACUAUUAGCAGUAGCUUACUUGCAGCGGGCAUAACAACAUUCAAUAUAGACAUGAGACCACAGCAAUCUAGUGCCAGUGGCAACAAUCCACGCCAAUCAAUUGUCAGCAAGAGCUGCUUGAGUAUGUUGAACGACAACAGUAAUUUUAAUAGUGAAUAUAUGGCUUACUCUGAACACACGUCCAUAAUGGAUCAGAGUGGGGAUAAUAAUAAUAAUAGUGAAUGUGCUAUAGAUGAUAAUGGAAGUAACAACGAUAAAACGAGCUUUCAAAAACUAAGGACAUUCCUAAAACGGAAAAUGGCAUCAGCAAAAUUCAAAAAUAUCCAAAUUGAGAUGCUUUAUCAACGUUACCUGCUACGAAUGAAUCAAAAUAAUGCAGCUCAUAUUGUAUGGCUUUUAUUUGCUCUGAUUUUCAUCCUUGCCAUCAUUCAUGUCCACUUUUUUAUCAAUCGAUGGCGGGAAAUGACAAAAAUAGUCGCAAGUGAGCUUCUCAUGAUUGAGAGCACAACAAACGGAACUGAAAUAGUCAAUUUUACACUUUUGGAUGGCAAUGAUACUCAAACGAUGGCAGUGCCAACAACAUACUAUUUUAAUAUGACUGUCGAUGAUGGAACGACGAGAACUUAUGAACUUUUAGGAACCAACUUGAUUCAAUUUACGCUACUUGGUCUAUGCUCAAUUCUUUAUACAAUUCUACUGCUGUGUCUUUAUAAGCAACGAAUUAAUGAGAUUUAUCUGUUCCAUGUCUCAUAUGCCAUUAUCAUCUCACUCGUCAUUAUUGACAUAAGCUUUUCAAUCACAAAUAUGGGCAGAGAAUACACAUCUGCGGGUGCAUGCACGUUGAUUUGCAUUUACAUCACGUAUACGAUGCUUCCGAUAAGAUUACAGGAAGCAAUUCUUGGAGGAAUUCUCAUAUCCAUUUCUCAUAUUACACUCCUUUUACAUCUUCACAAGAUGAACACAUGGAAUAUGAUAAUAUCCGAGAUGGUCUCUCUGAUAUGCACCAAUGUCACAGGCAUCCUUCUGCAUUCGCCAAAAGAGAAAGCUCAACGCAAAGCCUUCCUUGAAACUCGCCAGUGUGUGGAAGCACGAUUGAAAAUUCAAAGAGAAAAUCAGCAGCAAGAACAACUUUUAUUAUCAGUUCUGCCUCGACAUGUGGCGAUGGAAAUGAAAAAUGAUAUUGCUGGUCAACCAAAGGAAGCUCAAUUUCAUAAAAUUUAUAUCCAACGGCAUGAGAAUGUGAGCAUAUUGUUUGCCGAUAUCUGUGGCUUUACAUCACUUUCUGACCAAUGUACAGCUGAAGAGCUUGUGAGGCUUCUCAAUGAACUUUUUGCGAGAUUUGAUAAACUAGCAUCUGAGCAUCAUUGUCUAAGAAUCAAACUCCUUGGUGAUUGCUAUUAUUGUGUAAGUGGAUUGCCUGAAGCUCGUCCAGAUCAUGCCUCGUGUGCAGUCGAAAUGGGUCUCGACAUGAUUGAUGCAAUUGCUUUAGUUAGAGAAGUCAUGGCUGUAAAUGUAAAUAUGCGAGUUGGAAUUCACACUGGACGAGUUCAUUGUGGAGUAUUAGGAUUGAAAAAAUGGCAAUUUGAUGUAUGGUCGAAUGAUGUAACACUGGCAAAUACUAUGGAAUCUGGUGGAAUCCCAGGACGGGUUCAUAUCACUAAAGAGACGCUGGCUUGUCUUAAUAAUCAUUAUGAUGUUGAGGAUGGUCAUGGUGAUGAACGUAAUUCGUAUCUUAAGGACCACCAAAUCCAGACUUACUUAAUCAUACCAAAGGAAUCACAUAGAUACAGCACUCUUCCAAAACCACCAAAUCGACCAAAUCCACAAAACACCAAUAGUAUAUCAAAAGAACUAAGAAUGAUGGGACAUUGGAAUAACAAAAUGGGAAAUACUGAUAAGCAGGAUAUCAAGUCACCGGAAGAAGAAGUCAACGAGUAUCUUGUUAAAGCUAUUGAUGCUAGAAGCAUUGAUAGAUUAAGGUCGGAUCAUUGUAGGCGAAUUUUUCUCACAUUCAAGGACGGAAAAAUUGAGAAAAAAUAUUGUCAAGAACCGGAUCCGAUGUUAAGGACAUAUUUCUAUUGUACAAUUAUUAUCGCAAUUGGAAUCUUGUUGAUUCAGAUGUUGUCUUAUGAAGCCUUCUUCAUCGACUUAGUCUUUGUGAUGUUUUUUCUGGUCGGUCAAAUAAUUCACAGUCGUCAAACAGAAAUCACGCGACGUCUAGACUUUAUUUGGAAACUACAAGCAACAGAAGAGAAAGAAGAUAUGGAAAAUCUGCAAGCUUAUAACCGGAAGCUACUCGCCAAUAUAUUACCAGUCCAUGUCGCCGACCAUUUUUUAAGACGCGACAAAAAUAUGGAUGAGAUUUAUCAUGAGCAAUGUGACAGCGUUUGUGUGAUGUUUGCAACUAUAGCAAAUUUCUCCGAGUUUUAUAUUGAAUUGGAAGGAAACAACGAAGGCGUUGAGUGUCUGAGACUGCUGAAUGAGAUUAUUGUGGAUUUUGAUGAGCUGUUGUGUCAGAAUAAAUUUAGUUCAAUAGAGAAGAUAAAGAGUACCGGAUCAACAUAUAUGGCCGCCUCCGGUCUGACUCGAUACACGUGCGAUAAAUUAGAAUUUUCCCAUGUCAAUGCGAUGAUUGAUUAUGCUCUCGAAUUAUUUCAAAAAGUCGUGAAUGUCAAUGAGCAUUCAUUCAACAAUUUCCGUAUGAGAAUUGGAAUCAACAUUGGUGGCGUCGUGGCGGGUGUAAUUGGAUCACGGAAACCACAAUAUGACAUUUGGGGUAAUGCUGUAAAUGUUGCAAGCCGUAUGGACUCAACUGGAGUACUUGACCACAUACAAGUGACCGAGGAAGUGCAUGAGAUUGUCAAGGACAAUACAACAUACUCAUUUAACUGUCGAGGAAGUAUAAAUGUUAAGGGAAAGGGAACAAUGACCACAUACUUGAUGAAUGGCUUGCCGCAGUAAAUGGAAUUGAAAAUUUGAGCUUUAGUUAUUGUCGAAUAUUCAUAAAGUAUCUUUAUGACUGCCUAUAAAAUUUUCAUCUAUAGCACAUAUAUUUUUGAAUAUGCGGAGGGAAUUUUAAGCUUAUGCAGAUUUAUUGUAAUGAUUGUG